UGUAAAGGUUACGUAAAUCCUUCACAAUAUGAUAAUAAGUAGGACGAUCAUGUAUAUAAACUAAGAUUUUGGAAAAAUUCAUCACAGUUGAUUUGUACUCGUACAAAGAAUCUCCUAAAAUGGCACUUACUGGUUUGGUUUUCGCUGCUGUUAUAGCAUUCGCAGCAUCCGCUGCUGUUGCUCCAAUCCCCGCACCGGUCCAUCCAGCUGAAUUCAACCCCCAUCCACAAUACCAGUUUAAUUAUGCCGUACAAGAACCAACCACUGGAGAUUUUAAGACUCAAUCGGAAACCCGUGACGGAGAUGCUGUUCAUGGAAGAUACACUGUCCUCGAACCUAACGGUUUGGAACGUGUCGUAGAAUAUACCGCCGAUGAUGUCCACGGAUUCAACGCGGUUGUAAGCCACACACCUGCCGGAGCUGCACACGCUGCACCCGCACCUGUAGCUAAAGUAGCAGUACCAGUUGCCGCAGCAGUCGUGCCAGCCAAAAUCGCAGCCCCAGCAGUUAAAGGAUUUGCACCAUUCGCACACUCGGGAUAUCACGGAUACCCCGGCUACUCGGGAUAUCACGGAUAUCCAGGUUACUCGGGAUAUCACGGAUACCCAGGUUAUGCAGGAUACCCCGGAUACUCCGGAUUCCAACACGGAUUCCGUUCUCCAUUCUACUCUGGAUAUCACCCAGGACAUUAUUAGAUUGUUUUGAACUAUUUUGUAAUACUUGUCAACAAAUUACAACAUAAUUAUCACAUUA